AUGGCGCAAGUUCUUGCGAUACCAGGGACGAGCCGCUGCUGGCACUAUCACACAGCCUUCCAGCGACCACAGGGCUCUCGACCUCGUACUAUUUCUUUGAGUGAGGUGGCAGGGCUUUUUGCUGUGCCUUUCGGUUGUCAGAGGCUACUUUCUCGCAGGACAAGCAUGCGAAGAACAUCUGUAGGUGCCUGGAAGCAAAAGCAUCUAGCCGUGAGACUAUCAGAGCUCCCGCGGCAUCCAGCAAGAAAUCCCAAGCUGGAGCAGUAUGCCACCGAUGGUGACACUGCAGCAUGCUGGCUCAUGGGCAUAGACAAGCAGGAUCCUUUCGCAGAUCUUGACGAGGCAGUGGUGGAUUUGGGAGCUGGCAAUGGCAUUUUGGGUAUUGGUGCUUUGCUUCUGGGUGCGCCAAGAGCCAUUUUCGUGGAAGUGGACGAGGCGGUGUGCGAAGUGUUGGAAGAGGCCUUGGAGAACGAGGACCUUCGAGGCCGAGCGCAGAUUCUACGGAGGGAUGUGGCAGAGGCCCAGAUUGAUGCAGCACCAGAGCUUGUCUUGAUGAAUCCGCCCUGGGGGCAGCAACGACGUUCAGCAGAUCGUCCCUUUCUGGAGGCAUCCAUUGCCAUGUCACCACGAGCGGUGCACCUCAUGCACAGCUCUGGUGCAGUGCAUGUGGAGCCCUGGGCAAACGACAUGGGUUGGCACGCUGUUCGUUGGUUGGAGAUGGACUUUCCAUUGCCGCGCACCUAUGCGCAUCAGAGCAAGCGCCGAGGCACCUGUUUCACCUGUUUAGAGAAGUUACACAACAGCAGCAAUGUGGAGGAUAUCGAAAGUGACUUGGCCAGCUUGGACUUUGGCGCAAAUCCAACUGGUUUGCCUCGGCGGCGAGCGCCAGAGCAUGUGGACCUUGAGAUUCUUCGAGGUAGUGACAAUGUAAGGAGGGCAUUGUCUGAGAGCCCAGCCCCAUUAAGCACCCGUGAGAGCGCUAUGGAAUCUGUCCGCAGGCGCUCCAAGACACCGCUGUCGGGGUAUGGCGAACGAAGUCCUCCAUGCAGCGCACGAGGAAACGAAUCUGACGUCAUUGAAGCAGGUGACUUGCCCAGGCGUCGGCUCUCAGAGCUUGCAAUUGCGAUGCAGAGUGGCCAGGGGGUUCGAGAUGCGUUGUCGCCCCCCGUGCGACGCUUGCGUAGAGGCUCUCCACCGCGCCGCAGCCGCACCGCUGAAGCGACAGUGGGCAUGGCCCCAUCUGUGCUCUGCGGAUAUGGGGAGCGAUCAGUUCCUCCAAAGCGUCAGCUUACGGUCAGGGAUGAAGGUGUUGAGAUUCGUGACAGGGGAACGGCCUCUUCUGGUAUCCCAUGGCGAUAUGAUGACAAAGGCAUCACCGGCGGCACCUUCGAGACUGAAGUACCCCUGCGGAAAGUGACGCCCUACUCGCAACGUUUGUGGAGUGGUGAUGGCGUUAAGGAACUAAUGACACCGGAGCGUCCACGUCGCACUGACCCUGUAGAGAACACACGAGACAAAACUGGAGAUGGUGAAUCUCAAGCUGUGGUGGAUGUGGCAAAAUCAUCCGUACGAAGGACAGCGCAAUCUGCUGGCCACCCCAGCCGUACCGUAACCAUGGCGAUAUCCAAAGCCGCACGUGCCAGCGACCAGCAACUCGAGUCUGAAAGGUCUCGCUGCUUGGCGAAGUUUGACAGGUUGUGCACGCCAUCACGGAGCCAUCCAUCGCAGGUGCGUCCUGCGGAGGAGGUUUGGGGCCGCGAUACCAGGGAGAUCCAUGACACCUUCAGACCGAAGAGAAGGGUCGCUGCACAGCCAGUGACUCAGCCCUUCGCGACCGACGAGACGCCAGCACCAGCGAGUCCUGCACCUCGCUGCCGCAUUGCUCCGCAGAUGAUGCCAUCGUCGUUAUUCCUCGGAGAGGGUCCAGAUCCCUUGCGUGGUUCAGACCGCCACGCUGAAGCACGCCGGACAUGGCAACUGGAGAUGGAGAUGGCGAAGAUUGCCUUCGCUGCUGGCCGUGUGGCAGUCGCAACGUGUUCGCCUUCGGAUUCCAUCCGCUCCAGCCGACCAACAUCGCGACCACAGUCACGUCCAAGGCCGAAGGAGUCACAGCCAAAGCCAACGCCGCAAGAGCCACAGCCGCAAGUGAUACCCCCAACUACCUCCAGCCCUGCCAUUAUCGUGAAGCACGUGGACGAAACACAGCCAGCAAAAGAAUGUUCUAUCUUGGAGGAGAAGGCCUCUCCACAAGCAGUGGGCAACGUGGUUGAGAUGAUCGACAAGAUCAUUGGCAAAGAACUGGACAUCCCCAAAUCUCAACCAGAAUCAGAAGGAUUCAUCACUCCGCCCACAGCGAGGGAGACGAAGGCAUCCGUGGAGCCUGAACCGGAGUCUGCAACUUCUCCAAGUUCCCCAUAUCCGCGAUUACUAAGCUGUGCACUCGAGCGUGUCCCUUCAGUCGCCAAGAGAGAGAAGGUACUCGGUGAGGUUCCGGAGGGUUCCGGUGAAGAUACCUGCUGUAAGUUUCCGGUGCAGCUACCUGAUGAGGUUCGGGAGGUUUUGGCGGAGAAGAUGUUUGGUGAGGUUCCGGAGGAUUCCGGCGUGGCAUUUGGCGGCAUCGACUGCCACUUUGCGUGGCAGGAGGCUGCCGGACAUGAGAAGUUCUAUGACUUUUUGGGACUUACCAUGGAGACGCAUUCUGUGGGCCGCCCAGAGGCGACUGUAUUUUUUGAAGACUCGCGGGCAAGCCCGACACAUGUGCCGCGGAACCAUUCAGAGCACUUCGGAGAAGCACAACCAGGUGAUGUGUACAUGAGGAGACUAAGUAGUGGUUUGGCGGCCGUUACCAGCCUUUCGUUCACAGACACAGAUACUAGGGUUUUCUUCGUUGGUGGCACUGUCUCGUGGGUUGCGCCUGCAGAUCUUACUGGCAUCGUUCAAUACCACGUUCGGUUGAACUGGGAUCUUUCUGACACAUCGGUAAAGACUCAACUGUUCGACACAGCCAAUCCAGCGCCGUGUAUGUGCGUCUUGGACCCAACAACCAAUUGGCUGUUUGGACCUAGUGAAACAAGGAGUGAUGAUUCCCUUGACCUUGCUACCUACCCAGCAGACCAAUAUCCUGCGCAGUGGCUUUUUGUUUUAUCUGCUGGGGCUUCUCCAGCUGGCCAGCUGGCAGCUGGAGAUCCGAUACAGACAGUUUCAGAAGCUACCCACAUGAGACUGAUUGAUGUUCAAAGCACAAACCUUCCAACUAGCCUCCAGCUCGAGACAUUGAACUUCAUGGAUCAGACAAACCCUGCCAACUCUGGCACACAUGUGGAAGGCAUCUUGGAUUGGACUACUACUGGACCUGAUUAUCCCCAAGUCUCUGAGGAACCGUGGAUUUUUUGGGCAUUCCAGAAUAUUCCAGAGCAUGGCUUCUCCAACAAGAGUGCAUUACGGAAGGACUGGGGCCUCGCAGACUCCUUCGAAGUCUUUUUGGCCGAGGCCGGCAGCCUCAGCGGGACGCUCACGAGGUCUUUGGGCACAGUUGCGAUUGGCACAGCAUCUGGAGUGACAACACGGCAGUUGACUAUUCCAGAGACAUUGCUCAGCGGCGCCGAUGCUUUCGUGGUGAAGGCAAUAAAUUCUGUUGGUCAGGCCCCUCUAAGCGCAUCUCAGAGCGAAGUCUUUUUGUUGCCAACCACUACAUCCACCUCAGUCACCACCACUACCACCAUCCUAUAUUCGUUAGCGGGUUUGCAAGUCACCUUUUCCGACACCGACACGAACCCAGAAGUCCUUUCAGGUGUGAUCAGCUGGCAGGAACCUCUGAGCACCGCCGAGAUCACGUCGUAUGCAGUCUAUAUGUCCUAUGAAAGUGCUGGAAGUCAAAAGCUGCUGAUAUCUAAUGCUGUGUCUCCACCAGCCACCAGCCUCACGAUAUCUGGCUUGAUGAGACAGACGGGCGACCCUACUUUCCCGGCCAAUUGGCUUAUAGUUUAUCCGAUGGUACAGGGGGCUCUAGCACCUGUUAGCAUGGCCGCAUACGUGGAACUGUACGAUGACAGGGGCUCUGCACCCCCAGCACCUGCUUUCAGUUCGGUAGACUUUACUGAUGAGGAUGCAGCAGGAGGAUAUGCAAGUGGGACAGUGAGGUGGGUACUCGACGGCAAUGUGGAUCUUGCCUACAUAACUGAGUAUGUGGUGUUUAUUGCAGCUGAUCAGGCUGGCACCUCUGCAGUGCAGUUUGGAGAUCCUGUCCCCGUGGGCACCAACGAAGUCACGGUCAUAGACACAGGUAGCGGAAAUGGUGUCUAUAUCGAUGCCAACUACCAUGUCAUCAUUUUUGCUCGCAACCCUUAUGGCAGCGAAGCAGGAUACAUUGGCACGCCUGGCGUCACAUCGUUUGUAUUCAACGAUGUUGGCUCUUCUACCAGUACCAGUGCGACACGCUCCAGCUCCAGUACCACGACCAUGAGCACAGCAUCAAGCACAACUACGAGGACGACAUCAAGCGCAAGGACGAGCACAACAACGAGCAGGACCAUGAGCACAGCAUCAAGCACAACCACGAGGACCACAUCAAGCGCAACGACGAGCACAACAACAAGCAGGACCACGAGCACGAUGUCAAGCCUGACUACGAGCAGGACUUUGACAGCAACAUCGAGCACACUGACUUCAACGUCCUCUGUGGGAAUUACGGAGACUGCCACAAGCGCGACUGCGACUCUGACAGAGUCGCUGACCACUACUGUGACCACACGUACUUCAAGGACUUUGACAGCAACAUCGAGCACACUGACUUCAACGUCCUCUGUGGGAAUUACGGAGACUGCCACAAGCGCGACUGCGACUCUGACAGAGUCGCUGACCACUACUGUGACCACACGUACUUCAAGGACAGUGACGGCAACUUCAAGCACGAUGACGCUGACGUCCAUCACGUCUACUACAGGCACCAGCACUUCAAUGACUUACAGCAGCAGCACAGCAACGGCCAGCACUUCCACUACUGCAACCACCAGCAGCAGCACGACCAGCACCACUUUGUUACCAAGCCUUGUGCUGCCAAGCAACAUGGAUAGAGACAACCCACACACUUCUGUGGUAGCCGCCUCGCUUCAAGCGGCGUUGGCGGCCGUGAGUUCUGACGAGGAUAUUUUCAGCCUAGAGACAGAGGCUGGGAACGUGUAUCGUUUCAACCGUCAAGGUGAAGGGCAAGCUAGAUUUGGUCCAAUCAUAGUUUCAGUGCCUCUUUCAGCGGUCAGCCAAGCUGAAGAGAAUGGUAACGUCAUGCUGAGCAUUGUCCAAGUCAAAGAGGACGUGACGAACAUGUUGAGCGACAGCGGACCAAGCAUGACCAAGGUGGUUCUCAGUGCUCCUCCUGUGGAGCUCUCUUUCAUCCAGGAGAACUCGGGAGUGGUUGCUGUUGCAGACAUCUCGAAUCUGCCAGAACCAGUGACCUUUCGACUUCAGGAUGCAUCACCAGUUGAGGGAGACACAUGCGCCUUCUUCGAUUUGGAUAAGAACAGCUGGUCUAUGGAUGGAUUUGUUACAUUCGCAGGGGAAGCCACUUUGCCUGGUGGCACAUGGUGCGCAACGACGCAUUUAUCUUUGUUCUCCAUGGUUCAGACUGUUCCCUUUGAGAUGACCAUUCAGCCGAAGGACUAUGUUGUCGAGAACGAGAACUACAUUGUGGCUGUGUGGCUCUUGGCUCUUCUGACUUGUGCUGUUUGCAGCAUGUUCGGCACUUGGCUGUUCCUACAAGUACGUCCAGCUUCACGUGGAAGUACAAGGAUCAAGGACAAGAGAGGAACAUCGCUUGUGGUUCAGUUCACUCGCAGUGAUAUUGUGGUAGAUAAGGCCACAUCAGAGCCAAAGCCCUGGCUACGCGCCACCAGUGAGAAGACGAAGGUGCUGAUGACAUGGGAAGUGCAACCCGCCGAUGUCAUGCCGAACCUAGACAAUUUGGAGGGCCCUGCUGGAUGGGUGGCGAUGGACAUUCACAGCCCCCGCAUUGUCGAGAAGUCAAAAAGUCUGAAGGACGGGCCAUCAGUGCCAAAAGAGUUGAAGAAAGCUAAGGACCAAGAGGAGGAAUGCGAGGACAUGCUGAAUGAUGAUGUCCCCUGGGAGAUGCGGGAGGCGCCUGUCUACGAAGUUUACAAGGACCGUGAGCGGGUCAACUAUUGGUCAGCUACGCAUCAGAAGCUGAUGCCAGCUUUCGUUUCUGGCAGCGCAGCCUGGGAUUAUGAUGGGCCAUGCUACAAUGUGAUGGUUGGGCCAGCUGGGCGGCAGCAGCUAAGAGAGAAAGUGCCCUGUCAUCUCCUGUCCCGUGCCUUCCAAGAUGGCGAACCGGUCUUCUACCAGGAGGGCGACCGACAGAAGAGGAUUUGGCGCGAAGCCAUCGUUGCACAAAACAUCCAUGUGAAGGCAGUCAUUCAAGUGUGGGACCUCGUCAAAGGUGGCAAGAAGUCUGUUCCUUUUGGCAGGGUUUGCAGAAGGUAUGUGAAUCACGGCGCUGUUCUUGUCUAUCGAGGAAUUGACAAAGGAUGGCACGAAGGGGUUGUUGAUGGAGUUGAAGAUGUCAGCGACAGGAGAGAGAGCCAUGAGAGGUCCGGUUUCCUGGCGAAGUUGACCCUGUUGUGGUCGAAACCUGCUACGUCGACGCAACGAAGGAGCUUAUUCCGCAAGAUCGUUUGGCGAAUCUUUGCGGCUUGGAUUCAGGCACACAGCACAGUGAAUCGACAGGAGCGGAAUAAAUUUAAACAUGAUUUAGAACUAUAGUGUUCCCAAUUCUGGCCGAAGCCAGGUAUUCCCAGAGUGGGCACACGCGUCGAAGACGCGUGUGACCCCGUUCCAAACCAAAUGCUGACGUUUGUAGCUGCCUUCAGAUAAAGCCAAGUACCGUUUGUCUUGGGUAGCCUUAAUCCCUGCCCGGCAAGGCAAAUAGUAGUUCCCAAACAUGGGGGCUGCUUUCAAGCAUUUUUGGGCAAGCGAAUGCAACAUAUGCCUGCUGAUUGCUGCGUGAAUUUGGUCUUUGCAGAGGCCAGAGGGCCCAGCCCAGCUGCAACCUGAAUGACGGAUGCCCCGGAGCACCCAAAGC